GAAACAAAACGUAAAAAAAGCCUCUCUCUAUAUAAAAACCACAACACCACUCUCACAACAUCUCCUUCUCUUUCGCUAUCUCUCUUCCUUUGUCUCCAUCAUAACUUCUCUGUCGUUUUCUCAUAACUUAUAAUGCCGUCUGAACCAAACCAGACCCGACCCAACAGAGUCCUAGCCUCAACGGCGGCUUACCCACCGCCAAAUCUGACCGAGCCACUCCCCUGUCCACGCUGCAACUCAACCACCACCAAGUUCUGUUACUACAACAACUACAACCUCGCUCAGCCUCGUUACUUCUGCAAAUCUUGUCGCCGUUACUGGACUCAAGGUGGUACACUCCGUGACGUCCCCGUCGGCGGUGGAACUCGCCGUAGCUCCUCGAAACGUCACCGUUCUUUCUCCUCAACCGCAACUUCCUCUUCUUCCUCAUCUUCCGUCAUCACCACAACGACACAAGAGCCAGCCACGACUGAAGCGACUCAGACUAAAGGUGGUGGUAGUAAUGUAAAUGUAAGCUUUGCGUCUCUGUUGGGUUUAGGAAGUGGAACCGGUGGGUUGGACUACGAGUUCGGGUACGGGUACGGGUACGGGCUUGAAGAGAUGAGUAUUGACUAUCUUGGACUUUCAUCUUCCACCUCCGGAGGAGAGAUUCCGGUGGUGAACGGUGGUGGUGACACGUGGCAGUUAGGGGAAGUUGAAGGUGGUAAAAGUGGAGGAGACAGUAUGAUAUGGCCUGGUCUUGAGAUCUCAAUGCAAAGCAACGAUGUUAAGUGAAAACGAAACCGUUGUUGUCUUGUCUUCUUCUUUGUUUGUUUAUGUUUUGGAAGUUUCUGUUUGUUUUUUUUUUUACUUUGGUUCCUAGAAAGAAGAGCAAAGAACCCAAAUUUGAAAACCAAAAAAUGUUUUUACUUUUUCUUCUUUUAGUUUUCUUGAGGUCCAACAAUGGUGGUGGUGUUGUAUAAAUCCUCUGUUUUCUCUGACGAACGGUUUUUUAAAAGUUUUAAUCUUUUCUCUAUGGGUUUUUUGGUAUAGUCAAAAUAGUGGAAAGAUCAAUCAAAGAUGAAUGGAGAGAGCAUAAAAGUCCAAAAAGGAAAAAAGUACAGAAGAGUACUGUUGCAGAAGUGAGUAAGAGAUACUCUGUUGAUUUU